AUGGGCAAACUACUCAACCCCCAGGGCCGGCGCAAGCUACUGUCCCUACCACGCCCUAGGGUCGUUCUCAUCUUGAUCUUGGCCUCGGUCACGUCCUAUCUGCUCCUCUUCAGCAGCAGCGCGCCUCGAGCUCACAUCGUCCCAUACCUCCGUGAAAAGCCAUUUGCCGGCGACAGGAAACCUCUUACAUCAAACCCCCAUGACGAGCUUGCCGAGACAAAGACUGAGUGGCAUAUUGACAUCGAGGACCUCCGUUACUGGUCUGACCCUGACGACCAUGAGGACCCCAACGAUGCUUUGCCUGGCUAUGAGACGGAUGGCAAAAGCAGAGAACCCGGCGAUGUCGGCCGACUGCAGCAUGAGAAGGAUCUACGCAAGAUGUGGCGCUACGUCUACAAGACAACGGCCAACCUCAAGUCUUCAAACCUCAUCUACGGCAACACGCUACAGUCCCUGACUCUUCAGGAAAACCGCACCGAUGAGCAGGGCAAGAUGUUGCGAGAGGAUCCUCGCGUCGAGGCCAGCGUUGUCCAAGACAAACCUGUCCGCUUCAACCCGUAUCCCGACUACAACAGCGCAGAGUGGAGACAGCAGAACCACGCGGCCUACGUCCCCUGCAAGGGCCCUACCGGCGAACUGGUCGAGGACCUGCUUGUGUACAAGGGCCGCCCCGAAAUGUGGCCCGCCCCCAAGUUUGGGAGCUACGAGGCACUCAACAUGGACCCCAACCUUUGCUGGGAGCGUGACACGCGCCUGGGCCCCUUUGGCUUGACGCAGCAGAUGAAAAAGGUGGGCGGCGAGUAUGAGACGGUGGAUUGGGACAAUGUCAAUUGGGGCGAUCUUAAGCAGCGCUGCCUCAAGCUCAAUGCCGGCCGCUUCAACAUGAACAGAAGCAAGAAGAACGACUAUCUCAACGCAUACGCCGAGACGACCCCGCCCUCCUCCAACAAGGCAAAACAGCAUGCUAGAGAGGCUGGUUCCACGGUCAAGGGCCAUUCGUCUGUCGACGACGAAGCGACGCCGGCCAAGGCCACCGGCAACGAAAGCGUCAAGGAGAAGAGGACGGCCAUCUUGCUACGUUCGUACACGGGCAAGAUGUACUCGGAAAACGACAAGCAAGUCAUCCGGGCCAUGGUCAGCGAGCUGAGCCUCAAGACGGGUGGCGAGUACGAGGUAUUUCUUCUCGUGCACUCCAAGGACCGAAACCGCCGUAUAUUUGACGACCAAGAGACAUACCUCUCGGUCCUCAAAGAAAGCGUGCCGGCAGAGUUUCGCGGCAUGACGGUGCUGUGGAACGACGAGCAGGUCUGGAAGAUCUACACGGAGCUCAAGGACGAGGAGGAGAGGAGCGUCCACACCGCCCAGUGGCUCUCGGUUCAAAAAUUCAGCCACGACCACCCACAGUUUGACUUCAUCUGGAACUGGGAGAUGGACUUUCGCUUCACCGGCCACCACUUUGACCUGCUGGAUAAUCUGAGCAAGUUUGCCAAGAAGCAGCCGCGCAAGUACCUGUGGGAGAGAAACGAGCGCUGGUACAUUCCCGAGUACCACGGCGACUACGACACCGAAUUUAGACAGCAAGUGGCGGCGCGACACGGCAACGACACCGUCUGGGGUCCCGUGGACUUGCCAUUUGUCAAUCCCGUCGGGCCCAAGCCGCCCGUCGAGUCGCACGAGGACGAUGACUACGAGUGGGGGGUGGGCGAGGACGCCGACUUCAUCUCGGUCGGGCCCAUCUUCGACCCUGUCGACAGCCAGUGGAUCAUCGGUCAGCACGUCUGGGGGUUCAAGGACAGACACCACCGCUCCGAGGACCUGCCCCGACGCACGACGAUUGUGACGCACUCGCGCAUCUCGAAGCGGCUGUUGGACAUUAUGCACGUCGAGAAUAUGCGCGGCAACCACGUCGCGUCGGAGAUGACGCCGCAGACGAUUGCCCUGCUCCACGGCUUCAAGGCCGUCUUCGCUCCGCACCCUGUCUUCAUGGAUCGGGAUUGGAAGGGCGAGUUCAUCAACAGCUGGUUCAACCCGGGCCCCAAGGGCGAGAGUGGCGGGCGCGGAAGCCCGAUGGGUUGGGGCCGCGAGCGACGCUACCAGGGCACGACGUGGUACUAUCGCGCGGAACCGCCAAACCGCCUGUACAACAACUGGAUGGGCUGGGCCGACACGGGCGUGGGAGGGCCGAGCUGGGAGGAGCAACACGGACGCCCGUGUUUACCCUCAAUCAUGCUGCAUCAGGUUAAGGACACGGAGCCGACCGAUGCCAAUCACCGCACAGAGUUUGUGCUUGCCUUUGGCUGA